AUGGGGGCUGCAGUCGCAGGGGCGGAUCCGCGGUUACUGUCGGCCGUUGCACGCGUCCACCUGCAGCUAGGCAGUGUGCCCGAGGCCGAGCGGCUGUUCCUCCAGGUCGAGCGGCAGGUGCCGGGCGACCGGAUGGUGCAUAUGAACCGCGCGCUUUUCUCUGUCGCCAUGGGCAAAUGGGAGUCUGCACGCGACUCCUUCGCUGCAGUGGUGGAUGGAAGGCCGGAGGAGGCUGUGGCUGCAGCGAAUAACCUUGCCCUGUGUCAACUGUACCUUGGUAGCCCGCAGCUUAUGCUGCAGAGCCUGCAGCAGCUAAUGGUUGCUGCGCCGACCGCUGCGGGGACGGCAGAGGAAUUGGUGUUUAAUUAUUGCUCGGGAUUGGAUCUGCAAUAUGAUGGCGCAAGGUUGCGCGAUGCUAAGAUUAAGAAGAUCGUUGAUGUGGCUACGUGGGCCGGUGACGCAUUUGACAUGGGGUCUUUUAAAAUUCAAAAUAAUUAG